CGGGGGGCCGGCCGGGACUCGGCGCCGGGGGCGGCGCGCCCUGCCCGCCGCGGGCCCCGGGGCGCCGGGGCGCUGAGCAACAGUUGGCCCCGCCGCCGCCCAGCAUGAAAGUGUGCCGGCGGAAGGCGCUGGCGCUGUGCCUGGGCUACGCGCUGCUGCUGCUGCUCGCCGCCCUCAACCUGCUGGAGUACAAGUGGCGGCGGGAGCCGCGGCGCUGCGGGGACCCCCCGGGCGCCCCCCGCCACCAGCCCCCGCCGCCGCCGCCGCCACCGCCGGCCGGGAGCCGCGGCCCGGAGGGCGCCCGGCGGCAGCUGGUCUAUGUGUUCACCACCUGGCGCUCGGGCUCGUCCUUCUUCGGGGAGCUCUUCAACCAGAACCCCGAGGUCUUCUUCCUCUACGAGCCGGUGUGGCACGUCUGGCAGAAGCUGUACCCCGGGGACGCGGUGUCGCUGCAAGGGGCGGCCCGCGACAUGCUGAGCUCCCUGUACCGCUGCGACCUCUCCGUCUUCCAGCUCUACAGCACGGCGGGCGCCGGCAAGAACCUCACCACGCUCGGCAUCUUCGGGGCGGCCACCAACAAGGUCAUCUGCUCCUCGCCCCUCUGCCCGGCCUACCGCAAGGAGGUGGUGGGCAUGGUGGACGAUCGGGUGUGCAAAAAGUGCCCCCCGCAGCGCCUCAGCCGCUUCCAGGAGGAAUGCCAUAAGUACCGCACGCUGGUCAUCAAGGGCGUGCGCGUGUUCGACCUGGCCGUCCUCGCCCCGCUCAUGCGGGACCCGACCCUGGACCUCAAAGUCAUCCAUCUGGUGCGGGACCCCCGGGCCGUCGCCAGCUCCCGCAUCAAGUCCCGGCACGGCCUCAUCCGGGAGAGCCUGCAGGUGGUGAGGAGCCGGGACCCGCACAUCCACCGCAUGCCCUUCCUCGAUGCGGGCCACAAGCUGGGCGGGAAGAAGGAGGGGGGGGCCGGCUCGGACUACCAUGCCCUGGGUGCCAUGGAGGUGAUCUGCAGCAGCAUGGCCAAGACCCUGCAGACCGCCCUGCACCCCCCGGACUGGCUCCAGGGCAACUACAUGGCCGUGCGCUACGAGGACCUGGUGGUCGAGCCCAUCAAGACCCUGCGGCAGGUGUACGGCUUCGUCAACCUGGCGGUCAGCCCGGAGAUGGAGAAGUUCGCCCUGAACAUGACCAGCGGCCCCGGCUACUCCUCCAAGCCCUUCGUGGUGUCGGCCCGGAACGCGAGCCAGGCGCUGAGCGCUUGGCGGACUGCGCUCAGCUACCAGCAGAUCAAGCAGGUGGAGGAGUACUGCCACCAGCCCAUGGCCCUGCUGGGCUACGAGAGGGUGGGCAGCCCCGAGGAGGUGAAGGACCUCAGCAGAACGUUGCUCAGGAAGCCGCGGCUGUGACGGGCUGUGCCGGGAGCCCCGGGCAUGGCUGAGCCCCGCGGGCAGAGGAGCCGCUCCGGCUGCUUUCGGUGAGGGAAGGGAGCCGGCAAAGGCAGCCUGGUUUCCGAUUUCCCCCAAAGACUGCUGAAGGGUAACAUACAGUAAUGUGAUGAUUUCCUUUUUUUUAAUUAUUAUUAUUUUUUUUUUAAUUAUCCUCCCCUUUCAUUGGGUUAGAUGCGAUUUGGGAAAAAAAAAACAAAACAAACAAAUAAGAGGAGAGGAAAAUAUCUGUAAAGCCCCUUUCUCCUUCUCUAAAGCACCAGGCAGUUAUUCUAUACCAAAAUCUUGUUUAUGAAGUUCUUGUGGGUUUGAAGAUGGUAACAAAAACUCUUGCACAAUUCCUAACAUAUCUUUUAUCUCCCUUGGUGCGGAGGGGAUGCCCUUGGAAAAAAUAAUGCUGAAAAUCAGACUUUUGUAUGAAAGCAAAUGUUCGGACGUGAUAGUAAUAAAAGGAAAUAAUAAAUGAUAUUCAUUUUUAUAAUUACCUCAAUUGUUUGGGAAUUACAGUGUUGCUUAUGUACAGCUGGAGGGGAUGCUUGCUUAAAAUAGCAAGGUGGACUUUCUAAAGGGUAUGGGUGGAGGGCUGGAGUGCAACAUUCGAUGUGUUCAGAGAUUAGGGGCUGCUCUCACAAAAUCAAGUAGAGAUCUCACAAGUGUAGUGCGGGUUUUAUGGCUGUGUCGGAGCAGGUGUCUAUUUAACUAUUGUCUUUUUUUUUGUUGUAUUUAAAAAGUCUUUUAAGUGCCACUGUGUUAGUGUCCUAAGAGUUUUAAAAGGUUUGCCAUCACAGCAGUAUUUAUUUUUGUCUUGACAUGUAUGUCCAGGAGUCACUGUCAAACAGAAGUGGAUCUACAGUGUGACAAGAGGUGCAGGAUUCAAAAAAGACACUUACCAUAUUGGAAACAUUAGCAUGUGUAAAAACCAAAAUAAAAUUAUAUAUGUGAUAUAUAUUCUAUAGUGCUAACGAUACAUAAGAUAUGUAAGAUAUUUCUUGACACUGAUUGGUAACAGGCAUAGCAGGGAAGCACAGGAAAAUGCAUAAGAUGAUUUAUUUUUUCCCUUUGUCUGUGUCCAGGGGUAUAUUUAUGUAUGAAGAGGGAGGAAAUGUGCAGCUGUGUGUUCAGAGCUGUAACAAAGCUUUUCUGGAGCCAGCCUAGCAUGGGAUUUCAGAGCGCUGGUUGGACACUCGGUGCUUGUGAAUUGUCAUUGCUCUGUGACGGAGCCAGAUGGUGGUCUGGCUCUUUCUGGGAGCUUUGCCUACAGACUGUCCCAUUGUUAAAACUUGAUGAUU